GGUAAACCCGGAGCAACCUUAAAGAACAUUAACACGAUCUCCACCAUUUUAACCGAUUUCAUUGUGCACUAAGGGCAAGGCGAACCUUAUGGUUGCUGUGUCGUGAGAUGGUAUCAUCGAUGAGGCCGACUGUCAGAUCUAGACGAACCGAUAUCAUGUUAGCAUCACUGCUGGCACUAGCAACCUACACUUGUACCAAGUGGCAGGCCGAGAUCAUGUGUUUGGGUCUUGCAACUUGCAACCGACUAAAUCCGAAUACCGGAAGUAGAACUCAAAGUACAGUCAAGUCCUUUGAACGACUUCAUGCUCGCACGACGAACCACGCUCUGGCUCCCUCCAGAGUUCGUACCCUUCGCAGGGCAUAACUGCC